CAUCUUAUUUUGUUUCGCUCCUCAAAUUUAACAACUUUUAAGGUACUUUCAGUCAAUAAAUCGUCAAAGAUUUGGAUUAUUUUCGUAAAACAGUGACUUCUUUAUCAAUUUCAACAGAAAUUUCAACUUUUUCACUCCAAAAUUGACUAAAAUUGAAAAAUCUCUAAAAUGUCACAAAAACAAACAAACAUUUGGAACAACUUUUUUGGUCCUGAUCCAUUAUUUAAUCGCGUAACAGAUUUGAGAGCAUUUGUCCCAAAAAAUAACCAAAAUUUGAUGGAAACUAAGAAAGAAGCUCAAAUACUCGCAGCCAAGCUAAACAAGUCAAAUCCUUCAAUCAUUGAAUUCCAUGCACAAGAUGUCGUAACUUCGACUCCAUUAAAGCUCUCGAAACAAGCUUCGUUAGAUGAGAAAGGCAUUAAACGUCAAUUAACAUUCGCUUCUGUUGUUGCUUCAAGCUCGGCAUGUAAUCUGCAUCACAAUCAUUGCGUCUUUUGUGAAUCAAAUCGUGAAGGAUUUUCUGUUUAUAGCACUCACACAACCGACAAUUGUCUCAUCUUAAAGAAGUAUGUUUGUCCCAUUUGUGGCAUCAAAGGACAUACCAUAAGUCACUGCAAAUUCAAUUCAACUGGAUCAUCUGUCGUAACUUCGAUGCGUCGUCAAGAUCAACUUUCGCGCCUUUAUCCAUCAGAUUUUCUUUAAUUCUCAUGUACUUACCGCGCGAUCCUGACAUACGUGCUCAAUUAAAGCGUAGACUUUUUCUGGAUCCGCUGCAAUUUGAUCAAUUAGUUCCUCAAUCAUGUCAAGCGUGUCAUGAAAAUGCCUAUGUAUGACAUUGUCCUUUGAUAAAUUUAA